AUGACUGAACCAUCCCCGAACCCUGCGCCAGAACACGACAUGGACGCUCCGAUCCUAAACGGCGAAGCCCAAAUGCAACAGCAACUCGCAGACGUAGAAAUGGCAGAUUCUACAAGCGACCAACCGGUACUCGCCCCAGCAGCACACCCGGCCACGGCACCCGCAUCCUCGCGCAAUUCGCCGCACCCGACGGCGCAGGCGCCCACGCAGCCGAUUCCGCACGGGAGUCCGACGCGGGUGUAUUUGAAUCAGCAUGUGACGCCGUAUUUGCUCGAGGCGAUGAAGCAUCUUGCGACGCAGGAGCCGGAGAAGCCGUUGAAGUGGUUGAGCGAGUUUUUGGCGAAGAAGAGUGCCGAGGUUGAGGGGGCUUGA